AUGAGCCAAAGCGUUCCUGUCCGGUUGAUUAUCUGUGUUGAUGGAACAUGGUGUGAGCCAGAUGGUGCACAUGGAAAUCGGAACCAUAACAUCACCAACGUUUAUCGCCUCUACACUAGUAUCCACAAGGGGGAAUGUGAAGAACGCUCUGGCAAGAGAUUCAAUCAAGUCAAGAAAUACUAUCGUGGCAUAGCCGCCGAAGACGGGAUCAGCUAUAGCGAGCGAUUGCUGGCUGGCAUACUAGGCGGCCCAUGUAUUGACCAGAUCCGUGACGUCUAUGAGUAUAUUUGUCACACAACUAGUGACAAUGAUGAGGUUUGGCUCUAUGGGUUCAGUCGUGGAGCCUAUGUCGUCCGCGCUGUGGCAGGCUUACUCCACUACAUUCGCGCUAUAUCAUCUGCUGGGAUGCCUUCUUUCGGUGAAGACUUCAAGCUUGCUUUGAAGGUCUACAAGAAAUUGCAACAACAGAAGCAACUUGGAGAAGGCCAGAUCCACGACAUGUUCGAAGCAAGAACCAGACCAGCUCCAAUCAUACAAUUUGUGGGUGUGUUUGAUACUGUCAAAGCGGUUCAGGACGAACGACUGUACGACAUCUCUCUGAACCUCUCAAUCCAGCACCUGAGGCAUGCUCUUGCAUUGAACGAAGAUCGUCAGCGGUUUGCGCCAGAGUACAUUUACCCGAACUUCAACAACCGCACCCAAAGAUUGGAGAAAAGAACUUUUGUGCAAGCUUGGUUCAUUGGUGCCCAUAUAGAUAUUGGGGGUUCAGCAAAGAUGGAUGGAUUGUCUCUCUAUCCCUUACAAUGGAUGCUUAUUGAAAGUCAGAGCCAGGGCCUUAAACUCAAGUUCGAUGGCGAUUUUGGGGGUCGCAGCAGGCUCGAAAGUCCGCUUAGGCUUACCGGUCUGGAAGCGGACAAUGAGGCAUGGGAGUGUAGCACCAAUAACGGACUGGUCAUUCGGAUGAAAGACAUUAGACAUAUUCAUCAAGACGAAACGAGCCAAAGAAGAUAUGAAGUUCAUUUACACAGACCCCGCGGAAAACUAUGGAUCCGGAGGCACAGAGAACCUUUCGGCGAGAACGGUGAACUCAAUGGCUAUUGCAAAUUCGGCGCCCAAGGCACGAUCAUUCAUCCCUCGGUGUAUUUGAUACUUGAUCAAUUCAUGCACGUCAGCUUGGAUUCAAAACACUUUCCAUUUUAUCAAGUUUUGCACCAGUGGCGAUACAAUACCUUGGGUCAAAAAGAUGACCUUCGGAAUGGCUGUUUUUGGAACGAACCUGGUGAAGUCGUCGGAAUUGAGGACCCUGGCGCGAUCAGAGUUCUUGUAUGCGGAAACUGUGGAGUUGGUAAGUCUUCCUUGAUCAACAAAGUAUUCGGUGUUACAGUGGCGGCAGUCUCGCAUCGCACUCGUGGUAUACAUCAAAUCAACGAUGAGCUCUCAUGGAAAGAUAGACCGGAUCUGAUUGUCCAUGAUUCGGGCGGUUUCGAAGCGGGCGGCGACGACGAACUACGCUGUGUCCAAGACUUUCUAAAAAAGAAGUCAUCCGAGACCGACCUGGACAAACGGUUACACGUGAUUUGGUAUGUAUGGUGGUUAUCAAAGCAGACACAUUUUCACUUCGGUCUUCUCAAGCCUGAGCAGGCUGCUCAAGACAAGCUAUUCAAAGCCCUCUCUACCUAUGCACAGGAUGUACCCAUUGUAGCCAUCGCAACCAAAAAAGAUCAAUUCCUCGGUGCCAAGUGGGCAGAAGAGCGUCGCAAUCUAGAGAAUCGCAAUGAGGCGGUAACUUUGGAGAAGCUCGAUCUUUAUGCUGCAAAAGAGAUGCAAGACGAGUUGUGUCAGAUUGAUGAAGAUCUGAAACGAAUAGGUCAUUUUGAUGAACUUGUUACUGUAUCAAAAGACGAUGAUAAAUCGAUCGGCAGCCUCAGUCUGGCAACAGCGCAGCUGUUCACCCACGAGAGGGUCAGGCUAUUGUAUAUACGGGCCCAAGCUACGCGUCUCGAUCUGAAAGUCGACCUAGCUCUAGCUGAGACUAUGAAGAUUUACAGGAGAGCUUUGAUCAGUUCAUCAUCCAUAGGCGCUGUGCCAGGCGCGAUGGCAACGAAUCGUACCGCUGCUGCCAUUGAUGUAUGCCGAACGAUAGUCACCAGCUUUGGUAUCUCGACGAUCACACCCCAAACAAUUUUCGAGAUCUGCAAGGCGAAUCUAUGGGAUGACAUGGGCAACAACAUCCGCACUACAAUUGCUGAAAUAUGCGCCGUCGUCGGAUUGGGAGCCACUGUAGUUACUGGCGGUAUGCCGUUUUUCCUGCUUCCCAUGGCUACAAAUAUCCCGUUAGUGGUUAAGGCGACGGCGCGAUUGGUCCUCAUGCUAGCUUGCGAUGUCAUUCUGAUCCUCACUCGGGCUUUUAGAGAAGCAGCAGUCAAGUCAAUCACGAAGCCAGAGAGGCGAGAUGUGGAAAACGCGGCCGUGGCAUACCGUCAACACUGUCACCAAGUGCAUCUUCGUGUGAAGAACGCACUUAGCAACGUGUUCAAGUGUUACCAAACAGGUCAAGUUGAAACGAUGAUGACACAGACCAUCGAAAAAUUCAAGUGUACGGUCUUGGAAGGAGUAGGGGCACCACUGCCACAUAACUUCAGACGUGACUAUUCAGAAAAGGAGGUGUCAGACUCUGAUACUUCAGAUGUUCAUUCAGGUAGCUCUAGUGCACUUGCUGGCGUUUCAAGAGAGAGUAAAUUUUGA